GGCGCGGUAGGUAAAUGACGGAUCAGCGCUCCCUAAGUCCCUAUUCCCUUUCUUAAAAAGGAAGCUCUCACCAAUCCCCAAACCAGAGACUCCCUCUCUUCUCUCUCUUAGGGUCUGAGUCUCUUCCAAAUUAUUCAUCAGGCGAUUCUCUCCGUCUAUCGUCGCAGGUGAGGUGACUGACGGAAGACGCCGGAGAAGAUGAUUAUCAGCGUGAAGGAGUCGACUAUGGUGCGCCCGGCGCAGGAGACGCCGCAGCGGAGCCUGUGGAACUCUAACGUGGACCUGGUGGUGCCGAGAAUGCACACCCCUAGCGUCUACUUCUACCGGCCAACCGGUUCGACCAAUUUCUUCGAUCCGAAAGUGCUCAAGGAAGCUCUGAGCAAGGCUCUUGUGCCGUUCUAUCCCAUGGCCGGGAGGYUGAAGAGGGACGAAGAUGGUCGGAUUGAGAUCAACUGUAACGGCGAAGGGGUGUUGUUCGUGGAAGCAGAAACUGGUUCCGUCAUCGAUGAUUUCGGCGACUUUGCGCCUACCAUGGAGCUCAAGCAGCUUAUUCCGGCAGUGGAUUACUCCGGCGACAUCUCUUCGUAUCCUCUCCUUGUGUUGCAGAUUACACGUUUCAAAUGCGGAGGAGUAUCUCUUGGAGUAGGGAUGCAGCACCACGUGGCAGACGGAUCAUCCGGGCUCCAUUUCAUCAACACAUGGUCCGACAUGGCACGUGGCCUCGAUCUAACCAUCCCGCCCUUCAUCGAUCGAACCCUCCUACGCGCACGGGACCCACCCACUCCUUCUUUCCACCACAUCGAGUACCAGCCAGCUCCACCCAUGAAACACCCUCCGGAAACUCCCAAUUCCCAAUCAGGUCCCGAGAGCACCACCGUCACCAUGUUCAAGAUCUCCCGGGAUCAACUCAACAUCCUCAAGGCAAAGUCCAAGGACGGAGCCAACUCAGUCAACUACAGCUCCUACGAGAUGCUUGCGGGACACGUCUGGCGCUGCGUCUGUAAGGCACGUGGCCUCCCCGAUGAUCAAGACACCAAGUUGUACAUUGCCACUGAUGGACGGUCCAGAUUGCGCCCCCCACUCCCGCCGGGUUACUUCGGAAACGGCAUCUUCACCGCCACACCGAUCGCCGUCUCCGGCGAUCUCCUAUCCAAACCGUUGACAUACGCCGCUGGGAGGAUUCAUGAUGCGCUGGUGAGGAUGGAUGAUGAGUACCUGAGAUCAGCCCUUGAUUAUCUUGAGUUGCAGCCUGAUCUGACGGUUCUCGUACGAGGGGCUCACACAUUCCGGUGCCCCAAUAUAGGGAUCACCAGCUGGGUUCGGCUGCCGAUACACGAUGCGGAUUUCGGAUGGGGCCGCCCGAUAUUUAUGGGGCCCGGUGGGAUCGCUUACGAGGGUCUGGCUUUUCUUCUACCGAGCCCGGUGAAUGACGGGAACUUGUCGUUGGCCAUCUCGCUGCAGUCGGAUCACAUGAAGGUCUUCCAAAAGAUUCUGUACGAUUUUUAAGAAACCGAAACAAGCCAUAUAUCGGUCCCAUAAAACUACUAAGCGGGCCGAUAUUUCGGAUAUUUGGCCGAGUUUUUUUUGGUUGUUCUGCUGGUUUUGCUUGUUUCCUUCUGAAUGAUAUAUAUACGUUAAGACAGUAAAAAUAACUUGCUAUAACAUUCAUUUUUCUUACUUUUGUUUUUCUUCUUAA